UGGGGUCACAUUUCUGUAAGGUUACGUCUAACAAGUCUUGGUGAAAGCAGCACAUUCUGCCACUUGCAACGUGGGACAGUGAAACAAAACUCAUUUAUCUCUAGAUUUCCAUUUAUGAGGCAUGAAGUAGGACCAGCUGACCACUGUGGAUAUGUGUUACUAUAAUGGUAGCAGAACUCGGAAAUAAGUAUACUGUAUGUUCAAAUUGGGAUAAAGCUCAUCCUGUUGACAACCUCGGGCCAAAGCCGGAGAUUCAUAUACACAGUGUGUAGCGGGGGAGCAGUCGGUCGCACAGCAUUGGUCGCAGCCUGUAGGCAGGGUGGCAGCGGUCAGGGAGGGGAAGUGCGGAAGUGUGAAGUGACAGCUCCCUGACUGACACAGCGCUCGGGGCAUGAGGGAGCACGGUACCCGGCCAGCCUUGCCGCACUAUUCCCCGCGGACGCAGCAUGGCCUCACUGUCCAGCGCGGAAAGGAGGGCGUUUGCUCUCAAGCUAAACAGGUAUUCUUCAGCAGAAAUACGGAAGCAUGUCACAAUUCACAGUACAUCUGGAUUUCUACAUCAGCGCAGCCUGAGUACACCUACUUCAUAUUCCCUUCAGCUACCUCCGUUUUAUGACGCAGUAGAUCCAGUAGAUAUUGAGAACUUUCUGAUGACACAUCUCAAUAGCCACGGUCAUGAACUUUUUCAAGAGCUUGGCGAUUUCCCUGAGGAUGAUCUGGAUCUUGUGUACAAGCUCAAAGACUGUAGGACACUGCAGCCAUCACUGCCUGAAGAAGGGGCUGAGCUCGAUUUACAUAUCAGAGAUUGUAUUGAGACAUAUUUACGAGCUUGGUUGAUUGUCAACAGAAAGAACCAGGAAAACUCUGGCACUAGCAAUUUUAGCAGAAGUGGGUCUAGAAAAGACUUCCAAAAAACUCUUCAGAAACAGAUAUUUGAGUCAGAUGAAGCAGAAUCCAGACAAAAUGAACAGGCUGAUACAGGUCUGAUUGCUGGGUUGUCUGGUGAAUCUGCAAAAACAACACUCACUUCCUGUGACUUUGACUUGCGAGGAUUAAAUCCAGAAAGUCGUUUGAAGAAUGUUCUCCAGUUUACCAGUGUGGAAGAACUGGAGAAGCAAUGCGAGGAAAGUCGCAAAGCCAGCAGACAAGCAGAGUUUUUUGCCCUCAGUCCACCAAUGGAUGAGGACGAUGCUGUUGAAAUCCGCCCUUUACCAGAUUGUCCAAAGGAACACAUGGGAUACAGGAUAAUUGUCAAGCUACAUACUCUGAAAUUUGACAUUGACAUUGAGCCGCUGUUUGCGAGUAUUGCACUUUAUGAUUGUAAAGAAAGAAAAAAGAUCUCCGAGAGUUUCCAUUGUGAUUUGAAUUCAGAGGCGUUCAAGAAGUAUUUGCAUGCUCACACUCCCCACGUUGCUCCUUCCAGCCAAGCAAGAACUGCACUGUUCUCCAUUACCUAUCCCUCUCAAGAUAUCUUCCUAGUUGUUAAGAUUGAAAAAGUUCUUCAACAAGGAGAGAUCUCAGAGUGUUCUGAACCAUACAUGGUGUUAAAAGAAAGUGAUGGGGGAAAGACAAAAGAAAAAAUAGAAAAGCUUAAAGCUCAGACAGAAAACUUUUGUCAACGUUUGGGAAAAUAUCGUAUGCCGUUUGCUUGGGCACCAAUUAGUCUCCUAAAUUGCAUUAAUGUUAUGACACUGGAAAAAGAAGCUCCUGAAUCCGAAAAUGGGAAUGGUAAGCUAGCAGCUGGUGAGAGAAGAUCCUCAUUGGGCCCCACAAGAAGAUUUUCUGAUAGAGGAAACUCAGUGGAUGAAGGCCCAACAUCACCAUUUAAGCCAACCACAAUCACACACAACAUUUUCUUCAAGCAGGAAGGAGAUAAAUUGAGUGAUGAAGACUUAUUCAAGCACUUAGCAGACUAUAAGAGGUCCUUGCAAAGACGGACAAAAUGUAUACCAGGUUUACUGAAACUUGAAAUCUCCCCGGCAUGUGAUGGGAUGAGUGGGUGUCUUACUCCUGAGCUUCUUCUGGUUAAGCCCUUUCCUGAAAGCCGAACACGUCCAAUUAAAGAGAUCCUUGAAUUUCCUGUUAAAGAAGUUUAUGUCCCCCAUACCAUCUACAGGAACAUUCUCUAUAUCUAUCCACAGAGACUGAAUUUUACAAAUCGACUGUCAUCAGCAAGAAACAUUACCAUCAAAAUACAGUUUAUGUGUGGAGAGGAUGCCAAGAGCUCUUUGCCGGUGAUUUUUGGGAAGUCGAAUGGUCCCGAAUUCCUUGAAGAGGUGUAUACAGCGGUCACAUAUCACAACAAAGCUCCUGAUUUCUAUGAAGAAGUUAAAAUUAAGCUCCCCGCCAAGCUUACAGGAAAGCAUCACCUGUUAUUUACUUUUUACCAUAUCAGCUGCCAACAGAAAGUUGGCACUUCAGUAGAAACUGUACUUGGAUAUUCCUGGCUGCCGGUCUUGCUAAAUGAUCGGCUACAAACUGGACAUUACUGCCUCCCUGUGGCAAUUGAGAAGUUGCCUGCAAAUUACUCUAUGCAUUCUCCUGAGAAAUUACCAGCACAACCGACACCUAUCAAGUGGGUGGAAGGAUACAAGGGAGUAUUUAACUUGGAAGUACAGGCUGUGUCUUCUGUACACACUCAGGACAAUCACCUGGGGAAGUUUCUUACUCUCUGCCAUGCUCUAGAGGGUCCAGUGACUUUUCCAAUGCGAGUCCUGGACCAAAAAAUUACAGAAAGCUCACUGGAACAUGAACUAAAACUUAGUAUUAUUCAGCUAAGUUCUUCUAGGCUGGAACCACUGGUGCUGUUCCUUCAUCUUGUCCUGGACAAACUUUUUCACCUUACUGUACAACCCAUGGUGAUUGGAGGUCAACCUGCUACCUUUUCCCAAUUUACCUUUGAAUCGGUGGUUUCCAUAGUGAAUAGCCUUCACAACAGUAAAGAUCUCAGCAAGGAUCAGCAUGGAAGAAAUUGCUUGCUGGCAUCUUAUGUGUAUUACGUAUUUCGUCUCCCCGAUGUCCAGAAGGAUAUGUACAUAGCAGGUGGAAAUUUGCCAGACGUGCGUUACAAUACUGUGGGCCGCACCUCUGCUGCUGCUGUCGGUACCAAACUGGUACAAUCAAGGACAAUGAGCUCCAGUAAUCCAGAUCUCACUGGCAUGCAGGGUGCAGACGAAGAGGUUAAAAAUAUAAUUUCCUCCAAGGUUUCUGGUCACAGCUGCAAUCGUAUGUCCUCUUUUAUUGAAUCCAAUAAUGACUUACAACCUGCCAUUGCCAGCACAAGACUAUCCAGUAAAAAGCACUUUCAUGAGGAACUGGCUCUGCAGAUGGUGGUCAGCACCAACAUUGUGAGGGAAAAUGUGUUCAAGUACGCCUGGUUCUUCUUUGAGCUACUGGUGAAAAGUAUGGCUCAGUACAGUCACAAUCUGAACAAAAGGGAGGUUCCCAGAAGGAGCCGUUUCUCAAACCGUUUUAAAGAUGACAUAACUACAAUAGUUAAUGUUGUAACAUCUGAGAUAGGAUCACUGCUUAGCAAGCCACAGAAGGAAACCGAGCAAGCGGAGAAGAUGAAUAUUAGUUUGGCAUUUUUCUUAUAUGAUUUACUUUCCCUGAUGGACCGUGGUUUUGUGUUUAAUCUCAUUAAACAUUUUUGUAAUCAGUUGUCCUCUAAGUUGAAUUCUUUUCCAACACUGAUCUCUAUGAGACUGGAAUUCCUAAGGAUUCUGUGUAGCCAUGAGCAUUAUCUUAACUUGAAUCUCUUUUUUGUGGCAUCAUCAUCAACACCAGCUUCUCCAUGCCCUUCUAUCUCCUCUGAGAACUCUAGUUCCUGCUCUAGCUUCCAGGAUCAGAGAAUUGCAAGUAUGUUUGACCUGUCACCAGAGUACCGGCAGAAGCAUUUCUUAACUGGACUGCUCUUCACAGAGCUGGACGCUGCCCUGGACUGUGAGGCAGAAGGAAUCAGUAAGGUGCAGAGGAAAGCCAUCAAUGCUAUACACAAUCUCCUGAGCUCACAUGAUUUGGACCCACGCUGUCAGAAAGCAGAGAUAAGAAACAAAAUUGCUGCGCUCUACCUGCCAUUGGUCAGCACUAUUUUGGAUGCCAUUCCUCAGCUACAUGAUUUUUCAGUUUUAGAUACUCGAAGUGGAAAAGGGCGCAGUACAGAAGAAGAGCCAGAUACUCAAAGUGUAAUCAGCCCAAACGUUGCAAUGGCAGUUGCUGGAAAUCAGUUUGGCCUAAAACCCUCUCCAGUUACUCUAUCUUCAGUUCCACUUAAAAUGUACACCACCCUGAGUCCUGAAUCUACACGGAAUCUACUUACCUGUUUCUUGUGGAUCAUGAAAAAUGCAGAACAGAGUGUUAUCCACAAGUGGCUUGCCUACUUACCCACUUUGCAGCUGAACAGAAUACUUGAUCUUCUCUACAUGUGUGUCUCAUGCUUUGAGUACAAGGGAAAACAGUCGCCAGACAAGGUGAGCACAUUGGUGCUUCAGAAAUCCAGAGACGUCAAGGCUCGUUUGGAAGAAGCGUUGUUACGUGGGGAAGGAGCCAGAGGGGAAAUGAUGAGACGCUGGAAAACUGGUAAUGACAGAUUUGCUGGACUUAAUGAGAACCUGAGGUGGAGGAAGGAGCAGACACACUGGCGCCAAGCUAACGAGAGACUAAAUAUGACCAAGGCUGAAAUGGAUCAGGAAGCCAUCAUGUGUGGCAACUUGGCCACUGAAGCCAACUUGAUCAUUUUGGAUGUCAUGGAAACUAUUAUACAGGUCAAUUUAUCUGUGGACUGCAAAGAUAAUCUGCUUGGAGGAGUCCUUAAAGUACUUGUGCACUCCCUAAGUGCUAAUCAAAGCAACACAUACCUCGCUCAUUGCUUUUCCGCCAUCCGCCUACUCAUUAUCAAGUUUGGGGACUUCUUGUUUGAAGAGGAAGUGGAGCAAUGCUCUGAUCUAUGUCAAAAAGUCUUGCAUCAUUGUAGCAGUAUCUUGGAAAGCACAAGGAGCCAAGCCUGUGCCACCUUAUACCUGAUCAUGAGAUACAGCUUCAGCAGCACCAGUAAUUUUGCCCGAGUGAAAAUGCAGGUAACUAUGUCAUUGGCUUCACUGGUUGGGAAAUCCCAGGAAUUCAAUGAAGAGUACCUGCGGAGAUCCCUGAGAAGCAUCCUGGCAUAUGCAGAGGAAGAUGAGGAUAUGCAGUCCACCUUUUUUCCAGCACAGGUAAAUGAGCUUUUGAACAAUUUAAACAGUAUAUUGUCAGACACAGUAAAAAUGAGAGCAUUCCAGAAGGAUCCAGAGAUGUUAAUGGAUCUGAUGUACAGAAUUGCUAAGGGUUACCAGACAUCUCCAGAUCUAAGGCUGACCUGGCUGCAGAACAUGGCAGAGAAACACGUGAAGAGAAAGUGUUACACGGAGGCAGCCAUGUGCCUGGUACAUGGAGCAGCUCUGGUGGCAGAAUACUUGAGCAUGUUGGAGGAUUGCAGUUACCUGCCUGUUGGCAGUGUCAGCUUUCAAAACAUUUCCUCAAAUGUGAUCGAAGAGUCAGCAGUGUCUGAUGAUAUACUGACCCCAGAUGAAGAUGGAGUGUGUUCUGGAAGAUAUUUCUCAGAAAAUGGACUUGUUGGGCUACUAGAACAGGCUGCAGAGCUCUUCAGUCAAGCAGGAUUCUAUGAAACUGUAAACGAAGUCUACAAAAUUGUCAUUCCUGUUCUGGAAGCUCACAGAGACUUCCGUAAGCUCGCGUCCACCCAUGAUAAAUUGCAGAAGGCAUAUGGCUGCAUAAUAACCAAGGGUCAAAAGAGAAUGUUCGGGACAUACUUCCGUGUAGGAUUUUAUGGAGCAAAGUUUGGAGAUCUAGAUGAACAGGAGUUUAUCUAUAAAGAACCGACAAUCACUAAGCUUGCUGAGAUUUCACACAGACUAGAGGCUUUUUAUGGUAAAUGUUUUGGAGUACAUGUUUUGGAGGUGAUCAAAGACUCCGUUCCUGUGGACAAAUCAAAACUGGAUCCUAAUAAGGCCUACAUUCAGAUUACGUUUGUGGAACCAUACUUUGAGGAUUAUGAAAUGAAAUACAGAAUGACACAUUUUGAGAAGAACUACAACCUCCGCCGAUUCAUGUACACCACCCCGUUUACACUAGAUGGGCGUCCCCGUGGAGACCUAAGUGAGCAGUAUAAGAGGAAGACUGUCCUGACAACACUGCAUGCCUUCCCUUACAUCAAGACUCGCAUCAAAGUCAUCCAGAAAGAGGAGUUCAUCCUGACUCCCAUUGAAGUUGCCAUAGAAGAUAUGCAGAAGAAAACAUUGGAAUUAGCUGUUGCUACCAGCCAGGAGCCACCAGAUGCAAAAAUGCUUCAGAUGGUGCUCCAGGGAUCAGUGGGAGCCACUGUAAAUCAGGGACCACUAGAGGUAGCUCAAGUGUUUCUGGCUGAAAUUCCUUCCGACCCUAAACUGUAUAGACAUCACAACAAGCUGAGACUGUGCUUCAAAGAAUUCAUUAUGCGGUGCGGAGAGGCAGUAGAGAAAAACAAGAGACUUAUUACUUCUGAUCAGAGGGAAUAUCAGCAAGAACUGAAGAAAAAUUACAAUAGACUGAAAGAGAAUCUCAGGCCCAUGAUUGAGCGCAAGAUUCCUGAGUUGUACAAAACUGUGGUAAAGACUCGCAAUGAAGUAAGGGUACUCUCCCAUAGAUCCAGCUUCAGAAAAUAUGACUCACAGAUUUCUCAGAGCAGUUGAUGAAUCCAUCUAACCACAGAAGCAACAUGAGCAAUGCUAAUGGAACAUAAAAAUGCUUGAGGCCUGUCAGUUAUAUAAGAAGGCACAUGAAACAAAGCACCACAAAUAAACAUUUUGUGCAAGGUAGUUUUAACACGUUUUAAGAUAUGCUUAAGACUGCACCACCACCUUGGAAAAUAUUUUACUAGCUUUGUCCCUCUACCUAGAGCUAGUUCCCAAUAACCAGGUGAAAGAUAGACGAGUAGAAGCGCCAAUCAAGAGAUUGCAGGUUGUAAUUUGUCCCCCAUAUCACACAUGAAAGGGGUCUGUACAUUAAGGGAAUAUUGGGGCAAUUUACUGUUCUCUCAGACCCAAGAAGCACAUUGGAAAUGUUCAAUUCACUGAUUCUAACCAACAUAGAUUGGGGAUCAGUCAGUUAGGAUAUCCACCAAUUAUGGAUCAGCAGAACAAGAAUCAGGCCAUAGAUGUAUGGCCUGCAUUACUCUGCUACCAUUUAUAACUGGUUAUAGAAAAAAAAAUAUUUAAAAGAGUCUAGGUGAAAGUCCCAGGCUACCGAGUAGAAACCAACUUAGGAAAAUACCUAGGUAGUAGUUUUAUCACAGUUGAACUUUUUUUUUUUUAUAAUAAAACGACAUUAUAAACAAAUUACACCCAAUCAUAUCUCUAUAUGUAAUAGGCAGAUUGAGUACGUAAAUUAUCUCUUUUCUGCAAAUACUGAAAUUGGUCAUAUUAUGAUUAUUUUGUGUGUGUACAUGAAAAGAUAAUUUGUGAAAACAUAUUUUUGUUAAAAUUCGUAAAAUGAGUGUGGGUACAAUUAGUCAUUCAAGCAGCCAUGUUGUAUCCAGAGUACUAGCAUGGUAUCUUAAUGGGUAACUGAUCAGUUUGAAUUACAUGGAAACAAGUAUGUUAUAUUACAAUAUAGUGUUUAUCUUACAUAACUCUUUCCACAUUUAUAUGCAGCGUUUGUACAGAUUAGUAUACAUAAGUGAAAUAAACAUUUCAAGACUACCAAUUAAGGUAGAAAUUGUGCUUUAUGUCUGCAACGUAGACAGUAGAGGUGUAAAUAUAAUUGUGUAAACAUAUACUGUAUGCCUUAAAAUUGUGCAUUUGGUUUAAAAGUGCUGAAGAAACUACAAACUUUCUUUGUGCAGGGAAACAGCAGGAAAUGCAACUGUUCAUUUUUUUAAUGAAGUAAUUUUUCUUUUCAUGUUAGACGUGGAUGUAUUAAUUGAAAUAAACGGUACCAAACAUUGAA